GUAAACAUCCGGUGAAACGUCCUAAAUAUUUUGCAACCUAAUUCUUGACAUUUUGACGUCCUAUAUAGAUAAAGAAAUGAAUUGAAUGUCAUUUACUUAUAAACUUUGCACUUCAACAUAGGUUGACUACAUCUGCGUUCAUAUAAUUUACUGUCAUCCGCAAAAAAUGGAGAGAAUUAACGUUCUUGCUAAACACCUUUCAGUUUCAGAUAAAAAUAGGAUAGUUCAAGAAGAUACAGGCAGCUCCAGAGAACCGCCUAGGUUUCCAAAUAAACCUGAUGAUGUUGUUGUAGUGUCGGCACUCAGAACUCCUAUUGGUAAAUCGAGGAGGGGAUUUUUCAAGGACACACAUGGAGAUGAUUUGCUGUCAGCAGCUUUUACAGGAGUACUCAAGAGUGUUGAUAUUAAACCAGAUGAAAUUGGCGAUAUUUGCAUAGGCAAUGUGAAUGAUGGAAAAAGCUCCGUAACAGCAAGAUUUGCUCAGUUUUACAGUGGUAUACCUUACACAGUUCCUGCAUCAUCAGUGAACAGACAGUGUGGGUCAGGUCUUCAGGCGUUUAUGAAUAUAGCCGGUGGAAUAAAGAACAAAGCAUAUCCUUUAGGACUGGCUGGAGGUGUGGAGAUGAUGACCAAAGAUAAAAUCGGUAAAGGAUUUGAGGAGCUCAACUCAAAGGUUAUGGAUUAUGAAGAUGCUAAAAAUUGCCUUAUUCCUAUGGGAAUUACAUCAGAGAAUGUUGCAGAAAGAUAUGGUGUUACACGAGAGCGUCAGGAUAAAUUCUCCAUGGCUUCACAUCAAAAGGCUGCUAAGGCAACAAAAGAAGGUCAUUUUAAAGCUGAAAUCAUUCCAGUAACGGUUCAGGUAACAGACAAGAAUGGUGAUGAGAAGACUAUAACAGUAACACAGGAUGAAGGAAUCAGACCCAACACUACAAUGGAAGUUCUUUCAAAAUUGAAGCCAGCUUUUAAACAGGGUGGUUCAACUACUGCAGGUAAUUCAAGCCAGACAAGUGACGGUGCUGCAGCAGUGCUGGUUGCCAGUCGCGCUGAAGCAGAAAGACGUGGACUUCCAAUUCUUGGUACCUUGCGGGCCUUCGCAGUUACAGGAGUACCUCCAGAUGUCAUGGGUAUCGGACCUGCAGCUGCUAUACCAGAGGCUCUGAAAAUGGCUGGACUUACAAUUGAUGAUAUAGACAUUUAUGAAAUAAAUGAAGCAUUUGCCAGCCAGGCUGUAUACUGUGUUGAUAAACUUGGAAUACCACAUGAAAAAGUGAACCCUAAAGGAGGAGCCAUUGCCUUCGGACAUCCACUUGGUGCUACAGGGGCCAGAAUGAUCGCUACCCUGGUACAUGAACAAAAGAGACGAGGAAAAAGGUCGCUAGGAGUGGUGUCUAUGUGUAUGGGAACUGGUAUGGGAGCAGCAGCUAUAUUUGAAUACCAGCCUUGAAAUAUUCGCAUAUAACAACGAGUAACCACACACAGCAGCUUUCAAGUGAUCAUGAAACAGUUUUUAUUUCAAUAGAUGGACUUUUUUGAGGACUAGUGUUAAGUGUCAGACUAAUGUGUCCAUCAGAAAUUUAAAUUAAAGACAAUAAUGUGGUUUGUUGAUUCAGCUGUAAAAUCAACAAAAAUUGGUCCUGAACAAAUAUUUAUGAUUUCACAAUAUAUUAAGAUAUACAACAUUUCGUUCAUCUUUAUGUAAUUGAUGUAUAAACAGAAGUUAUUUUUAGCCCACCAUCAUCAGAUGGUGGGCUAUUCAAAUUACUCUGCGUCCGUGGUCCGUCGUCCUUCUGUCCGUCCGUCCGUCCGUCCGUCCGUCAUUCCGUCCGUCCUUCCGUUAACAAUUUCUCGUUAUCGCAUCUCCUCAGAAACUACCAGGGGGAUUUUGACCAAACUUUGUCAGAAUGAUGUAUUGGUACCCUAGUUGUGUCCCCCUGAAAAUCAGAUUUGGUUCAACAAAUAUUUAGUAAGUUAUGGCCCUUUGUUUAUUUCUAUAAUUUACAUAGAUUUAUAUAGGGAAAAACUUUGAAAAUCUUCUUGCCCCAAACCACAGAGCCUAGGGCUUUGAUAUUUGGUAUGAAGUAUCAUCUAGUGGUCUUCUACCAAUAUGAUUCAAAUUAUUUCCCUGGGGUGUAAUAUGGCCCCGCCCCGGGGGUCACAUGGUUUAUAUAGACUUAUAUAAGGAAAAACUUUGAAAAACCUCUUGUCCAAAACCACAGGGCCUAGGGCUUUGAUAUUUUGUAUGUGACAUCAUCUUGUGGUCUUCAACUAAGAUUGUUCAAAUUAUCCCCCUAGGGUCAAAUAUGGCCCCGCCGCGGGGUCACAUGGUUUACAUAGACUUAUAUAGGGAAAAACUUUGAAAAUCUUCUUGUCCAAACCACAAAGCCUAGGGCUUUGAUAUUUGUAAUGUAGCAUCGUCUAGUGGUUCUCUACCAAGUUUGUUAAAAUUAUCCCCCUAGGGUCAAAUAUGGCCCCGCCCUGGGGGUCACAUGGUUCAUAUAGACUUAUAUAGGGAAAAGCUUAUAAAAACUUCUUGUCAAUAACCUACAACAUUCAGAUUUGGACCACAUGUAUGGUUUUGAGUGGCAAGAUGAACCUUGACAUGAGUUGACCUUGAUUUUGACCUAGUGACCUACUUUCACAUUUCUGUAGCUACAACCUUCAAAUUUGGAUCACAUGCAUAGUUUUGUGCAUUGAAAUAAACUUUGACCUUGACAUUGACCUAGUGACCUACUUUCACAUUUUUGAAGGUACAUGCUUCAAAUUUGGACCACAUGCAUAAUUUCGUGUUUCGAAAUGAAAUUUGACCUUGAUUUUGACCCAGUGACCUACUUUCACAUUUCUCAAGCUACAGCCUUCAAAUUUGGACUGCCUGCAUGGUAAUUGUACCGAAACAAACUUUGACCUUUACAUCGACCUAGUGACCUACUUUCACAUUUUUGAAGGUACAGGCUUCAAAUUUGGACCACAUGCAUAGUUCUGUAUUCCGAAAUAAAAUUUGACCUUGAUUUUGACCUAGUGACCUACUUUCACAUUUCUCAAGCUACAGCCUUCAAAUUUGGACCACAUGCAUGGUUUUGUGUACCGAAACAAACUUUGACCUUUACAUUGACCUAGUGACCUACUUUCACAUUUUUGAAGGUACAGGCUUCAAAUUUGGACCACAUGCAUAGUUUUGUAUUCCGAAAUAAAAUUUGACCUUGAUUUUGACCUAGUGACCUACUUUCACAUUUCUCAAGCUACAGCCUUCAAAUUUGGACCACUUGCAUAGUUUUGUGUACCGAAAUGAACUUUGACCUUAAGAUUGACCUAGUGACCUACUUUCAGAUUUCUGUAGCUAUAGGCUUCAAAUUUAGACCACAUGAAUAGGAUUGUGUACCGAAACAAACUUUGACCUUGAUAUUGACCUAGUGACCUACGUUCACAUUUUUGAAGGAACAGGCUUCAAAUUUGGACCACAUGCAUAGAUUUGUGUUGUGAAGUGAAAUUUGACCUUGAUUUUGACCUAGUGACCUACUUUCUCAUUUCUCAAGCUACAGCCUUCAAAUUUGGACCACUUGCAUAGUUUUGUGUACCGAAAUAAACUUUGACCUUAAGAUUGACCUAGUGACCUACUUUCAAAUUUCUCAAACUACAGUCUUCAAAAUUGAUGCACAUGCAUAGUUUUGUGUACAAAGAACUUUGUCCUUGAAAUUGAUCUAGUGACCGUCUUUCACAUUUCUCAAGUUACAGCUUUCGAAUUUAGACCACAUGCACAGUGUUGUGUACGGAAAUGAAAUUUGACCUUGAGCUAGUCAGUAAGUCUUGAAAUUUGGAACACACAAAAAUGACACAUUGGUGGGCGCCAAGAUCACUCUGUGAUCUCUUGUUACCAUAAAAAGUCAAUGCUUGUAAAAUGCAAGUUAGUUCUGUCAAGUAAUUAAUUAGAUAUAAUUUCAUGAUGCAAAAGAACGUUUCAGUGGAAUAGUUUUAGAUAACAGGAGGUACUCAGUACUAAUCAUGUACACUUAAACCCGCCUUACUGGACACCUGUAUCUGGCAGUCACUUGCCUGAAGCAGCCAAUCCGCUGACUUCUCAAAUUGACAUAUUGCUCUACUUUCAACUUGUCUUAAGCAUUGCUGUAAUCACCUGUCUUAAGCAACCAUCUGCCUUAAACAGUAAGAUUAUGUCACUUCAUGAGCUGGCUGCUUCAGACAGGUUGGAUUGUAUUUCAUUCUAUGUCAGUUCUUUAUAAUUUCUGCUUUAUAAAAUUCCAUUAAAAAUACAAUGAUGUGAAUACUGUAAAAACAGAAAUUUUCAUGAGGGUUUAAUUUUCGUGAGGCCCAAAAUCUUGUGAAAAUUAAUCCUCGUGUAAAUAUUUACCAUUAGUAUAAUUCAGAUUAAAGUAGGAUACCAUUUUAACAACUUCGCGAAUAUUAAACCUUGUGAACAUACUCAAAAUUUCAAAUUCGCGAAAUUUUGACCGAGCGAAAAUAUGUGCUUUUACAGUAGAUUUGAGCACCAGUCUUACAGAUAUUAUUACAAGGUUUGACCUUGCCCGGUAAUUUACUCUGAUGCGCCCAUGUAGUGAUAAAGUUGUUUACCUUUAUACACUUAAUAAACUGUGAAUUAUUUAAUGUUGAAAGGCUUUGCUAACUAGAUAUAUCCACCAAUUAUAGAUAACAAGUUUUGUAUAGAAAAGUAUAAACAAGUUCUGCAGAAUAACUAUAGGAGAGAAAUAUUUUUUUCCACUCAAAAACAAAGGCUUAUUUCUGUAUAUAGAUCUAUACACAUUUUAUUAUAUACUAUACAUA